AUGAUUGCUCCAACGAACAAGCCGACAUUGGUUAAGUGGGAGCACCUGUCCUUUGUGAUAAUGGACGCUCCCAAUGACAGCAACCUCCACAUUUAUCUCAAGGAGCUCAAAAAAUACAAUGUUUCGGAUCUUGUGCGUGCUUGUGAGGUCACGUACAGCCGCGAGGCUGUUGAGGCCGCUGGCAUUCACGUGCACGAGCUUGAAUUUCCUGAUGGCGAGUCCCCCGACCCAGAUAUUCUGGAUAUGUGGCUUGAUCUGGUUGAAAAUUGUUUCAAGGACAAUGUAAGCAAUUCAAACAGCAACAGAUCAAUUGCAGUGCAUUGUGUUGCUGGACUCGGCAGAGCCCCAGUGCUGGUGGCCAUUGCAUUGAUAGAGUACGGACUGGAUCCUAUUAACGCAGUGGAGCAUAUACGCAAGUUUCGGCGCGGAGCUAUUAAUUUGCGCCAGCUCAAGUAUUUGGAGAAGUAUCAGCCUCGGCGAGGCAAUAAGGCCAAGUGCACAAUUAUGUGA